UAUCGAAAUAUCACGCUAGUAUCAUACGUAAAUACAUACAUGCACGUAACUGGUAACGCGAAGUCAUAUGCAUGAAGUUAGUUGACUCCUGGCAACAGUAAUCGUUUAUAAAGAGAAUGUAAUAUGGACAUUAAGUUUGACAUAUUUUAACGGUACAUUGGUUUAUUGAAUGUUACAAAAUGACAGAUAUCAUAAAAGGAACAUGUUUGUCGAUGUGUCCAGAGAAGGAAUGUUGGAUAAGAGAGAAAGAAGGUUUACUGCAUAUAUUCGAAAUUGACGAGAGUGUAAAGACGGCAAAUAGUAAACGACCGAAGGCCGAUCCAACGAAAGUUGUAAAAUGUUUCAGUCGUCCAGCAGCUGGAGUAAAUAUGACCGAUCCGGAUCAACUACGUCCUGCACCUGUAUUAUUAUCAACGAUUAGAUAUUUGUUUACUAAAAUAGCUACAAGAACAGAUGUUGACUGGGUAGUAGUGUACGAUUUUAUCUUUGACCGUCUGAGAUCGGUGAGGCAAGAUGCUGGAAUUCAGAGAAUCGAUGUCCUUACAAGUAUACAAAUUUUUGAACCGAUAGUUCGAUUUCUUGUUUAUUCUGCCCAAAGAUUGUGUGAUCGAAGUAUCUCUGAGUUUAAUCCAAAAAUUAAUAAUCAACACCUAACCGAAUGCAUAACAUCUCUGCUUGUCUUAUACGACAAAAAGGAACAGAAUGACAAGCCAGAUUCUCUGGAUCUCGAUAGGUGUAUGCAAAAACUAAGCUUGAAUGAUAAUCGUCAAGAAAUGGAAGCAUUGUACAUUCUUUUAAAUAUGGGUAAUACCGAAACUUUAAAAAGAGCAUUGAGCUUGUCGUCUGAUUUAAGAAGAAACUCAAAUAUCCAACUCUCAAUGAAAAUAUCGUUCGCCUGGUAUUUAAAAAAUUACGUGCGUGUGUGCUCAUUGAUUCAACAACUCUCUCCCUUACUCAUUUUUGCAGCUAUGAUUAACAUACAAAUUAUAAGAAGAACAGCAUUAAAAAUCAUGAGCUCAGGAUAUAAUAGUAAAGUAUUUACAUUCCCAGGACUAAAAUUACAAAAAGUUUUAUUGUAUAAAGAUAUAGAAAAGAUUCGAGCAGAUUGUGAACUGUUUGGUCUCGUGUUCACAGAUCAAAAUAUUUUAUUUCAAAAAGCAAAUUUUAAAGACGAAGUGCAAUUGUCGAAUCCCGAAAUGUAUUACUACACUUAUCAAUCUCUGCAUAAUUUUCUACCAGAUAUUCUUCUGAUGUCCAUGUAAUAUGCUUGCAACAAAAAUUAAAAAAUAAUACGGAAAGUAUGAUGUAUAUAU